CCCCAAAAGACAACAAUGAUGAAUCAUAAUAUAAAGUUGAUUAAAUGGACUUGCAUCUCAAUAUUCAAAGGAUAUUCUUCUCAGCUUUGUGUUUUUUUUUCUUCCACAGAGCAGAUCAAACUCUUGGCGUUCAAAACAAUAUCAUAAUUUGCAGGAUAUAAAAAUAGAGAGACAAUAUGAACACUCUCCGGUCGUUUUGGAACAGUCCUAUUGGUCCUAAAACUACUCAUUUCUGGGGUCCUACCUUCAACUGGAGUCUUCCUAUUGCGGCUGUAAUGGAUACUCAGAAACCACCUGAAAAGAUAUCUGGCAAUAUGACUACAGUAAUGUGUCUUUAUUCCGGAAUAUUCAUGCGGUUUGCUUGGGUGGUGAAUCCGCGGAACAUACAUCUUCUUAUAUGUCAUAUGUCUAAUGAGACAGUACAAUUGUAUCAACUCUCAAGGUGGAUCAGAUCUCAAAGUGACACUGAGCUGAAGAAAGAGAAAGCAGAUGAGUAAAAACCAUGUUCCAAAUGUAGGCUAUAUAGUAUGUCUUAUGCAACUUGUCAUUCAUUGUUUACUCUUUUAGUUUAAUGUGAUUUGUGGGUUAUAUUAGUCACAUUUGAGAUGAUACUCUCUUUAAGCGUCUAUGUUUUUUUUUUUGGAAGUAUUUCAUCUGAUCAUGUGAUUCAAAAUUGCAUAUGGUUUAAAUUUCUUGAAAAAUGUAACAUGAUUUGAAUGACAUAAGACAUUAUUCGAA